CCACAGGAGAGACAACAGUCCACCAAGUGCCGGUGACAAGGUCGGCAACGGCCCAGCAGCCGUCGGCCUCAAAAUAUAGUGAAAUUCAUUUUUUAAUAACCGCAACCAUUACCACCCCGACAAAGUUCACCCGUUCCGGAAAUUGGAAGUUUCUACUAAACGCGACCUAAAGGAAGUCCCGAAAAAGUUCCGCCCUAAAAGGGCCUCGGAGAAAAGUACCCAGGUCUCAAAGCGCAGUUAGCAAGACCCCGUCAAAAAUAAAUAAGAUAACAUGGAGCAGUUCGAACAACUGUUAACAUGUGCCAUCUGCCUGGACCGAUACAGGAACCCGAAAUUGCUUCCAUGUCAACACAGCUUCUGCAUGGAACCAUGUCUGGAAGGACUAGUUGACUACGUCAGGAGACAGGUGAAAUGUCCAGAAUGCAGGGCAGAGCACAGAAUACCGUAUCAGGGAAUCCAAGGAUUUCCUACAAAUGUAACACUUCAACGCUUUUUGGAACUUCAUAUUGAAAUAACGGGCGAACUACCUGACCCGACGAGUGGUCAGGUCAUGGAAAGAUGUAACGUAUGUUCAGAAAAAGCAUAUUGCAGUUAUUGCCACCACUGCGAAAAGAAGGUUUGCCCGGAUUGCAAAGGAGCUCACAUGGACAUAUUACGAAGGGAAAUAACGAGAAUAAACAAUCAAAUUCGACGAAGUAUUCACCGCUUACAAGAUUCACUUUCAUUGGUUGAAAAGAAUACACAGAAUAUCCAAGUUAAUUGUCUUUCAGUUUCUGAAGAAGUAGAAGAAAUUUACAGGCGCCUAUCAAAAGCUCUCAAAGACAGGACGGAUUACUUAAGAGGUGAAAUAGAUAGGUAUUUAGGAACUGAACUGCGAGGUCUCACUGGCCUUAAAGAUAAUUUAGAACAAGAAAUAUCUAAUAUACUAAGCAACUGUGAUCUAGCUGACAAGCACAUAACCGAAAACGCGGAUUGGGAUGACUGCGAAUUAAUGGAUGCCAAAGAGAUAUUCCUUAGAACUGUAGAAUUUAUUAGAAAUUUCGAAUAUGAAAAUUCUGACUAUAGUAGAAAAGUCAGACUGAUAUUGGCGCAUGAUCCUAAUCAGCUGGUGCUGCAUGUUGCUGGUUUUGGUGAUCUCAACAUAGCUAAUUUACCUUCAUUUGGACAAACGUCAAGUGCUCUUCAACCAUCAACGCCAGGCUUGAUGAGAUCCAAAAGCGAUCACAGACUCGCAACACAGUUUCGACAACAAGAGGAAAGAAGCGGGUAUGAUAGAGGUUACGGCGAAGGAGGGCAAGAAGAACUGCCUUUAGGUGGUAGAAAGUUUGGAGAUAGGCACAUUAAACCUGCUGUUGAUAAGUACGAUCGUUACAGUCGAAGUGGUGCCGCAGAUUAUGGAGAUGAUUACGAAGAAGGCGUGAGACCGAGUAGAAAUAGAUAUCGUUCGAGAUUCACUCGCCACGCUGCCGGAGAUAAUGAUUCAGAUGCUGAACAGAGCAGCAGAGGAGUCAGAUUUUCCGAACAUCAACAGAAAGAAAGAGAACGCUCUUUAGAUACUGAAGAAGUAACGCGUGGACCACUCAGUGGAAUUCAGAGGUUAGCAGAUUCUCCAAGAGUAAUGAAGAAGUUGCAGGACUUCGAAACCAAUAAGAAAAAGGAAAAAGAUGCUCCACCACCAACGCAGCCUACCAUUCAACCAAAAGUUGCUCCAAAGAAACCUCCAACCACUAGGCAAGUUAGCGAAGAAGACGAAAUAUCGAAAAUAAAAAAACAAAACAAGGGUGCAACCACAUCUGCGACAGAAACAACGGAGACACGACCUCCGGCACCAGAACGCGUGGCUGCUUUAAAAAGGGAGGAAACAGAGGAUAGACACGGAAAUAGGAAAACUCCCGCCUCAGAGGCGGUAACGAGCGAAGAAGAAUCCGACGUGUCUGUUAGCACUUUGCAGGCGCGUAAGCAAGCGCAGCAGCAAACCAAAACAGCAACUCCUCCAGCAAGAAGACCGUCAGUAGAAACGCCUCCGGUGGUGCACAAAAAAACACGAUCGACUAGCUCCGAUUCGAGUGCAUCUACCGAAUCUUCUGGAUCUUCAAGCGCUGUGCGUAACACCGGCGCAGCUUACACAACCGAAGAGGUUAAACAAAAAAUUCUUUCUAAAGGAACUGCCGAAAAUGUCGCCGACAGUCAGAAAACGAAAAGUGUAGCACCAACUGCAACAACCCAGAAACCGUUCCAAAGUAGAUUUUUGCCAAACAGACAACCUACUACUCCAGCAGCUAUAACUAAAGAGGAAGAGGACGAAAGUGAAACAUCAUCAGAAGAAGAAACAGAAACUGAAGAGGAAACAGACAACGAAUCAACAUCUAAACCGCCUGAUAAGUCAAUGGCCAAUACGGAUAUAGGGGCCCUGUUAGCAAGAAGCGCUCAGGCACGUGACAACACUUCAGAAGCAUCAAUACGAAGCGUUAACCGAGAUUCUCCGACUGGAAGAUAUCGUUCCAAGCCAGCGGAAGAAGACUACAGCUACAGCAGUAGAGCUCUUAACAAAAGUAAGACCACGUCAGGAGUUCAAAAUGAUGACGAUUCAAAAUACGGUUCCACAUACUCAACUCCAGAUGAUGAUAAAUAUUCAAGCAGCAGAUCUAGGUAUGCAGCUUUAAAAGAUAGACGACAACGACUAGCUCGAAGUAGAAGUACACAUACUUUUGGAGAUGAUGAUGAAGUAGACGAACCUAUUUCACCAACUACAGCUAAUCCAACUGCCUACCUGACUUCCAGAGGGUACGGUUCCUCAACAUCAUCAGGAAAUGAUAUUGCACGGAGCCGUUCGUCGCACGCGCUCAAAUCGAGAGAAAGUUCACCAGAUAGGAAUAUCGGUGCCGAAAAAGAUGGAGCUGCCAUGAGCUCUUGGGCUAGGUAUCUGAAAAAUAAAUACGGAAAUAGAAGCGGAACGAAAGAUAAAGAUAGCGGAGCGAGCGGUGUUGGCUCAUCGUCGUCCUCUUCUGCGGCAGCACGACGAUUGUCUUUAGGAUUACCGCUUAGGUCAUCAACAGAUUUAGGGAGCUCUGAUGACGACCAAAAAAACACGGAAGGCUCCCCCACUACCCCUACAGCAGCUACGGUGGCAGCAGCCGGUACCAUCGCAGCGGCAGGUACCUCCCCUAGGAGUCAGUACCUACAAAAGUGCCACUUACUGUUCAAGAUAGGGGGGCGGGGGAGCGAGCCCGGAUUAUUUACUUGGCCCCGCGGCGUAGCCGUGGGUCCUGACAAUACUAUUGUGGUCGCAGAUUCAUCAAACCACAGAGUUCAAGUCUUCGAUGCUAAUGGUAACUUCCUGAAAGAAUUUGGACAAUACGGUAACGCAGAAGGUGAAUUUGACUGUUUGGCUGGAGUAGCAGUUAAUAGAAUAGGCCAAUAUAUCAUUGCAGAUCGUUACAAUCACAGAAUUCAGGUCUUCGAUCCGUCAGGACGAUUUUUGAGAGCCUUCGGCAGUCAAGGUACUGCUGAUGGGCGUUUUAAUUAUCCAUGGGGCAUAACAACUGAUGCGUUAGGUUUCAUCUACGUUUGUGAUAAAGAGAACCACAGAGUACAGGUUUUUCAAUCAGACGGAACCUUCGUGGGCAAAUUCGGAACCAUGGGUAAUAAACCUGGACAAUUAGAACAUCCUCAUUACAUUGCUGUUUCUAACACGAAUCGAGUUGUUGUAUCCGAUUCGAAUAAUCACAGAAUACAAAUAUUUGACGUAAACGGCAGGGUACUUUCUUCAUUUGGAAGCGAAGGUGCUAAUGACGGACAAUUUAAAUUCCCUAGGGGAGUUGCUGUUGACGAUCAAGGCUAUAUAAUAGUUGCUGAUUCAGGAAAUAACAGAAUUCAAGUGUUCAAUCCUGACGGAAGUUUCUUAAGGGCGUUUGGAUGUUGGGGUGCGCGAGAUGGAGAGUUUAAAGGACUGGAAGGAGUUGCUGUUACAUCGAGUGGAAAUAUACUUGUUUGUGAUCGUGAAAACCACAGAAUUCAAGUUUUCUGAUUUGUUAUACAUAUUAACACAUUUGUUAUAACACAUUUGCAUUUUCGAUAAGCAGUGUGUAGAUAUUGAGUUUUGGAAUAAAUUUACUUACUACUUU